AUGCCUCCAGAGAUCGUGCCUCCUCGAUAUUGCGCCUCUGGGUACUGGGUCUCCUCAGGCGUCAUGCCUUUGGGUGCUGUACUUUUGGGUGUCGUGCUUCCUUGGAUGUCACGCCUCCAGGUGCUGUGCCUCUGGAACAUCGAGCUGAAGGUGGAGGUGGAGAGCCUGAAGCGGGAGCUGCAGAAGCAGCAAGCCCUGGACAACACAUGGGUGGCUGCGGAGAACCAGACGACCCGCAGCCAGGCAGUGCUCCAGCAGCAGUAUGAGGAGCGGCAGCAGGAGUCGGAGCAUGUCUACGAGCUCCUGGAGAACAAGAUCCAGCUCCUGCAGGAGGUGAGCCUGGGGGCAGUGGGAACCUGGGGGGCCAAGGGCCGAGCUGAGGCAGAGCGGUGCCGGGAGCUGGCAGGGAAGCUGAAGGAAGCUGCGAGGACGAAGGAGGAGGACAGGAGCGAUGACGGCUGCGGCACCAUGGCGCGGAGGAUGAAGGAGACCUGCCGGAUCUGCGCCCGGGAGCUGUGCGGCAACCAGCGGCGAUGGAUCUUCCACACGGCAGCCAAGCUGAACCUCCAGGUGCUGCUCUCCCACGUCCUGGGCAGGGAGCUGUGCCGGGAUGGCAAAUCCGAGUUCGCUUGCAGCAAGUGUGCCUUCAUGCUGGACCGCAUCUACAGGUUCGACACCGUCAUUGCGCGCAUCGAAGCCCUCUCCAUCGAGCGCCUACAGAAACUGCUACUGGAGAAAGACCGCCUCAAAUUCUGCAUUGCGAGCAUGUACCGCAGGAACAACGAAGACUCCAGCACAGAUGACAGAGCUGGGGAUGGGACUGUGGACCUUUCUAACCUGCCUGAUGCACGCCGGUGGUCGGCCAGCAUGGGCAACGAGGAGUCAUCUGUGUGUGACGCAGCAGAGUCUGCCAGUGCCAGAGGGCCUGUGGAUGGGGAAAGCAUGGAGGAAGGCACACCUGCCUCCUCUGUUGAGUCCCUGGACACAGCUGUGGAGGCAAGCCCUCUGCAGCAGAAGGAUGAAGAUGUGGAGAAGGGGGUGAAAGGGAAUGGGAAGUGUGAUGAUUUCUCGGAUGACCGCAUGACCCCAAGCUCUUCACUGAGCGGGAACAGGCUGGAGCUGGCCCUCAGUUUGAUCAAGGCUUUGGACUACAAACCCCUUCAGAGCCCCCGCGGCAGCAGGCUACCUAUUCCUGUGAAGUCCAGCUUGCCCCCUCCCAAGCUAAGCCGUGACUUGGCAGAUGGCAGCGCUUCUGCUGGCUUAGCGUGUGCUGGUUCUGCCUUCCUGAACGCAGACAGAAAAUCUUUUUCCAGAGCUCCUUUGGGUCUUUCCCUGGAGAUUUCUGAACUGCAGGAGCUGUGGGAUGACCUCUGUGAGGAUUAUAUGCCGCUGCGGGUACAGAAUUUGCAGGAUGAAUGUCAGCAGCUGGCUCCAGGUGACCCUGCAGCAGGGGAGCACGUGUCCGAUCUGUGUGCUGCAGACCUGCAGGGCAAAAUCCAGCAGUUUGAAGCUGCCAACAAGGUGUUACAGGAAAAGCUGAAUGAAUUGAAUUUUGAAUUAAAAUCUGUCCGAGAAAUGUCGCAACGGCAAGAUCGUACAAUCCAGAGUCUGAAUGAGGCCCUGAAGAGCAAAGAGAGUAAGACAGAAGAGCUAUACCAUGUCAUUGAAGGGCAGAACGAGACAAUGGCCAAGCUGCAGGACAUGUUACACAGAAGCCAUAUGGGACAGUUGCAGAUGUCGGAGAGCCCACUCUCGUCGCAGGAGCAGCAAAUGUCCCUGCUAGAUCUUCAGAACACGCUUUUCUGCACCAAGCUGGAGGUGCAGAAACUGAAAAGAGCUCAGCGCCAGAAAGAGCAUCAACUAGCUGAAGCCAGGAGAGCAACGCAGCUCCUAGAGACCAUAGUGCAUGAGGAAGAGCAGCAGAAAGAGGCAACCUGGAAACACAACCAGGAGCUGCGGGCUGUGGUACAGCAGCUGCAGGCAGAGCUGCAGGACAAGGCUCAGCAUCUGCAGACUGUGGAGUGGGAGAAGUGCCGUGAGCUGCAGGCCCAGGGGCAGAGAGUUCAGCGUUUGAGUCAGCAUCUGGCUCGCAAGGAACAGCUUCUGCAGGAAUCGAGGGAGCUUCUGCAAUGCCAGCAAAGCUUGGACAAGAGCCCUGCAGCUGUGAAUGCCAUGCUGGAGAAACUGCAGCAGCGAGUCAGCGACAGGGAUGCUGCUCUGGAGCGAGCAGUAGAUGAGAAGUUCUGUGCCCUGGAGAAGAAGGAGCAAGAACUGCAACAGCUCCGUCUCUCAGUGAGGGAGCGUGGAAGUGACCUGGAGAGACUGCACAAUGUCCUGUCCAGCAACGAGGCCACCAUUCACAGCCUGGAGAGCCUCCUGAAAGCCAAAACCCUGGAACUAGAGCAGGUCUCAACAACCUGCCAAAACCUCCGCUGGCUCAAGGAAGAGAUCGAGGCCAAAUCCUGCAGCAGGCAGAAGGAGCAGGAGGGGAUCAUCCAGCAGCUGCAGACCUGCCUGCAUGACAGGAACAAGGAAGUGGAGGAGCUUACAGCAACUCUGCUGUGCAAGCUGGGCCCAGGACAGAGUGAAGUAGCAGAGGAGCUGUGCUUGCGUCUCCAGCACAAGGAGAAAAUGCUGCAGGAUCUCCUCAGUGACAGGAACCGUCAGACCAUGGAGCAUGAUGCUGAAAUCCGAGAGCUGCUGCAGGCCGUGAGCACCAAGGAGCAGCAGAGCAGAACGGCUGCUGAGAAGAUGGCGAACGCUUUGGCUGAAAGAAGCUGCGAGUUACAACUCCUGCGGCAGCAUGUGCUGGGGAAGGAGACUGUCGGGACCCAGUUGGCUGGUGCCAGGCUGUUGAAGCAGGACAAACAGCCCAUACAAGAAGUACUGCAAAGAGCUUGUGGAGCUACAGCCAUUGCCGGACCCCUGCAGGGGGACAGCAGCUGCAUGACAGAGGGAGGUACGACGUCGGCAGCAGAGCUGGAGAAGGAUCUUGUUAAUGCCAAAGAGGAGCUGGAGCUAAUGGCAAAGAAGGAAAGGGAAAGCAGGCGGGAGCUCGCUGCUCUCCAAUCUGUUGUGGCCACGCAGGAGGAAGAGCUACAGGUGCAGGCCUCAGAUAUAGAGUCCUUGACCAGGACCAUCCAGAUCAAAGAGGACCUCAUCAAGGAUCUGCAGAUGCAGCUGGUGGAUCCCGAAGAAAUUCCAGCCGUGGAAAGGCUGACACAAGAAGUGCUGGUGCUUCGGGAGAAAGUGGCCAUAGCAGAGUCACAAGGACAAGAGGCUACUGGAAACAGAAAGCAGCAGUUGUUACUGAUGCUGGAAGGGCUGGUGGCUGAAAGGAACCGGUUAAAUGAGGCUCUCCAGGCAGAGAGGCAGCUCUAUGGCAGCCUGGUAAAGUUUCACACACACCCAGACAGCGCUGCGAGAGACCACACUCUGCAGGUGGAGCUGGAGGGGGUCCAGGAGCUCCGGGGACAGCUGGAAGAAGCUCUUGGAAGAAGCCUGGAGCGUUUGAGCAGGCUGGAGACGCAGGGCACCAGAGGAGGACAGGCCACUGGCACAGAUUGUGAUGGUUCCAGCACCACCUUCACUGACGGCACCAAGGAGGAGGCAGCCCACUGUGGGGCAACCCAGCACGUGAGCAAGAGCAGCCCCCGGGCCCCUAAGGAAAGCGGGGGCAUUGGGAGGGCCCUGACAGGGAGCACGGCACUGACCACGCUGGAGCGGGAGCUGCGGGCGGAAGAGGAGCUGCGGGAGCUGAAGGCGCAGCUGGGGGAAGCUGAGAGGGCAGCUGUGCCCGCCAGAUGCCCAGUGCUGGAGGCACAAUCCCAGGAUGAUGUGCUCAAGAGACCCUGUCCUGGCACCUUGGGCAGAGGGAAUGGGAGCCAUGUGGAGGGCAUGGCCCCUGGCACGGGCUGGCCGGGGCUGGGCGCGGAGCUGCGCUCGCAGGUGGUGCAGGGCCAAAGGCAGUGCCAGGAGCUACAGGACAAACUCGCCGCCUCGGAAGCCACUGUGCGGGCACAAGCCGAGCAGCUGGAGAAGUACCACGUCCUACUCUCAGGUGAACCCCACGCCCAGCAGCUCAGCAAGCAAGUGCAGGUAGACUUCCAGGACCUGGGCUAUGAGACAUGUGGGCGAAGUGAGACCGAAGCUGACCGGGAUGAGACCACCAGCCCCGAGUGCGAGGAGCCAGAUGUGUUCAGCGAGCCCAGCUUGGGCGAGGAGCCGGCAUCCCUGUGCUGGCCAGGGAUGCCUGGGGUGGGCAAGUCUGCCCGGAAAGCUGCGGGUCCAGCAGAUGUGGGGGCCCUGCACCAGCACAUCCAGGACCUCAAGGCGCAGCUACUCAAUGCCAACAAGGUGAUCCAGAGCCUGCAGCGCCGUGCCCGCUCCGUCUCCAUCACCAGCGGCUACACCUCGAGCGCGGAGCAUCCCCCACCGGGUCCCGUGGCCCUGGCCUCCCCGUCCCACAGCCUCACGGAUGAGGACGAGGGCUGGCAGGCGGACGGCUUGCUCCCCAUCUCUGCCGUGAAGUACGACUCGCUGAUCCAGCCAGGCCGGGCUCGGGAGCUCUGCCAGCUGCGGCAGACGCUGCAGGAGGGCCGCGGGGUGAGCCGCAUCCUGGCCCAGCACCUGCGCGAUGCCCUGCAGUCCUUCGAGGAGCUCCUCCGCGGCACUGACAUCGACUACUACCUGGGCCAGGGCUUUCGGGAGCAGCUGGCCCAGAGCAGGCAGCUGGCCAAGAGGCUCAGUGACAAGCUGGGCAUCACUCCAGUGAAGGGCCACCUCCGCAGGCUCCGCCAGGAGCUCCAGGAGAAGGAGAAGGUGAUUGAGAGCCUGGAAGCGAAGCUGCAGGAGCGCUGUGAGUCCCCGGGCAGCAGCCGCCCACCCUCUGAAUCGUCCCGCUCUGCCACCAGCACCUCCUUCGUGAGGAGCCUGCCCGACUUGCGGGUGCUGGGGGGCCUUCACUUUGACUCCUUGUCCAACCCCGUUAGUGCCCCUCUGCCUGCGCUGUCGCCCGGGCUGCCCCCCUUCCUGCCUGCUGGGCCCCCUCUUCCUACAGCCACCCUGCUCCUGGGCUGCUGUGGGACCCCCAUCUGCUCCCUGGCCGAGGUGCAGCAGGAGCUGCAGGUGCUCCAGAGGCAGCUGGGAGAAACCGUGACGCUGCCCGUGGCACCAGCAAAGCCCGCAGCCCCGCUGGGCCCCUUGGGAGAGGGCAGCAAAGCCCCAGCAUCGCUCUGCCAACACGACGUGCUGCAGAGCCUGCCUGAGAUCCCCGGGGCCACCGAGACCCGUGCCCACUGGGACGUACCCUGCCCCGGCCGGCUGCUUCACGGGGCCCUGCCGUCGGGGUACGCCUCCAGCCAGAAGCUGACAGGAGAGGACCUGCUGGAGGAGCACUUGGUGGAGAUCCGCAGCCUGUGCCAGCGCCUUGAGGAGUCCAUCUGCACCAACGACCGGUUCCGGGAGCAGCUCGAACGCUGCUUGGCCUUCACCGGCAAGGCCAGCGGCCUUCACUUUGACUCCUUGUCCAACCCCGUUAGUGCCCCUCUGCCUGCGCUGUCGCCCGGGCUGCCCCCCUUCCUGCCUGCUGGGCCCCCUCUUCCUACAGCCACCCUGCUCCUGGGCUGCUGUGGGACCCCCAUCUGCUCCCUGGCCGAGGUGCAGCAGGAGCUGCAGGUGCUCCAGAGGCAGCUGGGAGAAACCGUGACGCUGCCCGUGGCACCAGCAAAGCCCGCAGCCCCGCUGGGCCCCUUGGGAGAGGGCAGCAAAGCCCCAGCAUCGCUCUGCCAACACGACGUGCUGCAGAGCCUGCCUGAGAUCCCCGGGGCCACCGAGACCCGUGCCCACUGGGACGUACCCUGCCCCGGCCGGCUGCUUCACGGGGCCCUGCCGUCGGGGUACGCCUCCAGCCAGAAGCUGACAGGAGAGGACCUGCUGGAGGAGCACUUGGUGGAGAUCCGCAGCCUGUGCCAGCGCCUUGAGGAGUCCAUCUGCACCAACGACCGGUUCCGGGAGCAGCUCGAACGCUGCUUGGCCUUCACCGGCAAGGCCAGCGGAUUGCCCAGCGAUGUCUAUGCCCAGGGGUCCGAGCCAGGGCUGCAGCUGAGCAGGGAGAACCAGGCUCUGCGUGAAGACAACCGGACCCUGCGGCUCCAGUGUGACCACCUCUCCCAAGAGCUGGCGCGGAUGCAGGACGCGCUCCUGGCUGUCCACUCCCAGGCGCGGGAGGCUGAAGCAGAGCUGGCCCAGAGGCGUGGGGACCAGCGGAGGCUGGCAGAGGAGCUCGCCGAGCGCCAAGAGAGCAUCCGGCAGCUCCGGGAUGAGCGGCGCGCUCUGCAGGAGGACAACAACAGGCUGCAGCACAAGGCGACGCUCCUGCAGCAGCAGUGUGAGGAGCAAAGCCUGCUGCUGCAGACCCUGCGUGCAGAGCUGCACCUCUGCAAGCCCCUGCCCAGCCCCUCCGCCGAGACCCGUGCAGGCUGCUUCCCAUCUCCUCCUGUGCGGGAUGUUGGCACCAGCUCGGCGCUGCCCCCUGACACGUCCGUGGCCCUGGGGAUGGAGGAGCCACUCAGUGCAGACCCACCGGUGAGGAAGAGCGAGAGACUGACGGGGACUCACGCCAUCGGCUCCCUGGACACCUACCGGGCCCUGGAGCAGCACAUCCUGGAGGGGAAGGUGCUGGCCGGCGAGCUGAUGUUGACCAGGACCCGCAACACGCUGCGCAAGGCCAGGACGAACCUGGAGGUGAAGGCCCAGCAGCCCCUGCCCGUCUCCUGA